CCUUCUCUGUUUUUACACUAAAACCAACUCUCAACUCUCUCAACUUCACACCAAAAAAAAAACAGGAAAAACUCGCCCAAACUCACCCUCCACCACCACCAUUCAGAACCCAAUUCCGGCAACAUGGCCGCCGCCACUGCCGCAGUGGCAUCUUCUUUCUCCACAUCCAUGCAGACACUUAAAUCCAUCCACUCCAAGAACUGGCCAUCCAAUCAUCUCCUCAGAUUUGCGUCAUUACCCAUGUUACAAGUUGGACUCGUAUCUCACUCCAUCACAAUCGAAACGCUUUCCUUAGGUGCCACCUCUCAGAAGUGGCGGGUUCCGAGGAUAUCGGCCGCGGUUGCACAAGAAGAGGCGGCGGCGGCAGCGGCGGAGGCAGAGGCAGAUGCAGAGGCGGUGGCGGUGGAGGAAAAGGAGGAAGUGUCAGAUGAAGGAGGAGAGGGUAACGAUGAGAGUGCUGUAAAUACUAAGCUUUACUUUGGGAAUUUGCCUUAUCUUUGUGACAGUGCCCAGCUAGCUGGAAUAAUUCAAGAGUAUGGCAGUCCAGAGCUAGUUGAGGUUCUUUAUGACAGGAACACUGGAAGAAGUAGAGGAUUUGCUUUUGUCACAAUGAGUAGCAUUGAAGAUUGCAAUGCAGUUAUCAAGAAUCUCGACGGAAGUGAAUAUGGUGGUAGAACUUUGAGGGUCAACUUCUCAGACAAGCCUAAACCGAAAGAACCUCUGUAUCCAGAAACUGAGUACAAGCUUUUUGUUGGGAAUUUAGCCUGGUCAGUCACGUCUGAAAGCUUGACACAAGUAUUCCAAGAAUAUGGAAAUGUGGUUGGAGCAAGGGUUCUAUAUGAUGGGGAGACAGGAAAGUCUCGCGGUUAUGGUUUCGUAUGCUACUCAACGAAACCAGAGAUGGACACUGCCCUUGAAUCUCUUAACGGAGUGGAGCUAGAAGGCCGGGCAAUUCGUGUUAGCCUGGCACAAGGAAAGCGGCAGUAGGAUGAAAAGAAGUGUAAAAAUGUUCAGCAGUGUUGGAUGUCAAUGUGAAUGGCAUUGAAGAAGUGGAAGGAAAUUUGUUUAGCUAUUAAAAGUGCAAUUUCUUGAAAGAAACUCCUUUCCUUUCUCUUUGUCUAUAAUUUGUUUUACUUCUGGAUCAUUUUCAAUGGAAAAUCAUUUGUAGAAUAUCCAGCAAAUCUUUCUUAGUGGUGACAUUAAUUUGUUUCA